AUGCCUCCCAGACGAAUCCAGCAAGAGGAGAGCUGGAAUAGCUUGCAUCGCUCGGAAGCUUCAGGUGACGUUUCGAACGAUGAGUUCGCAUAUUCAGAGGAUGUCAGCAUGCCCGAUGAAGAAGAUAAUUCUCCUGGUGCCCAGGAUUAUACUGCUACUGGACUACCUUCUCCACCUACUGCUGGCGAUAUUCAACGAGCUCUGCAUCCCUUGCAAACAACUGCCGAUCGAGUUGGGAAGCAGGUUGAAGAAUUCGCUGAGGAGCUCGACCGCCUGAGUUGGGCAAGGAGCGAGAGCAGGAAAGAAAAGGGCUGUCGGCAUGUUUUGCCCCAAGUACAAGCCUACCAGAAGAUUGCAGGCGACACGGCCAGACAAUUGCAGACCCUACACGGCCCAUCAAAACGUAGACGUCUUUCAUCUCAAUCGAAAAGACAAUCUCAAAUGCGAGAUGCUACACCGACUUCGAGACGUCACAAUACUCGUACCGAGGCUGCAUUAGACCGAAACCUAACCAAUGUUGACGACCUAAUCAGGUGGGAGCAGGAAGAGCAAACAUGGCAUCUACUAGGCUCUAUCCUCCAUGUCCAAUACCCUGUCGCAGAUUCGGAAGGGGCUGAGCUUGAGGGUCUUGCUCCGCAGAGACCUGUGCACAACGACAAUCUCCACCACCUGUCUUCGGAGAAAGAGGUGUGGGGGAACUUUCUCGCUACUGACGAUCUAGCUUGGGAGCGCCAUACAGUGGUAGCAUGGCUCCAAAGGACAGCUGAUCACACAAGACCUGAUAUUGAGCAGUUGGUGCACGAGUUAGAGACAGCUGCAGAUAGGGGCUCCGGCAUAGUAGCUCACAGUUGGUUGUACACUAGGGAGGCAAUAAAAAAGCAGAGGCGUCUGCGCUCCUGGCCGCGGGCUUUCGAGCCCAGCGAUCCUGGGCUUACCUCGUUACUCAAUGCUUCCAAAACCGAACCACUUGUCACUCAACUAGACCCCGACGCAAUAACUCGACAACAGCGGUCGUUGGAAAAGCAAGAUCUCGCUUUUGAGAGAGCUAUGUGGCUCGCUUGCUGGGAGAUGCUCCGUCGAGGUUCCUCAUGGCAGACAAUCAAGGAUUGGUGCAAUGAUCGAGCGGAGUAUUGGAGGUCAGCAGCUAUGCAUGGUGAAUUGAGACUGCACCCUUCGAGUGACGCUGACUGGAGCUCACAACUAUUGUGGCGGAAAAGCUGUGCUGUGGCCUCUAUGGGCAAUAGGAUUGAUGAUUACGAAAAAGCAGUAUACGGAGUCUUUGGUGGUUAUCUAGCGGGUGUGCAACAAGUCAGUCACAGCUGGGAUGACGAGCUCUUUGCCCACUACAAUUCUUAUCUGGUCAACGCAUUCGAGCUGUAUACCAAGACAAAGUUUGCAGAUAAGAUACCUGCGCAUCUCAGAGAAAACCAGGGAAUCUUUGCUGUAUCUCCAUUUGCUGGUCAGCGUGCUUUGUCCGGAAACCAGCUCGUGGAGAAGUUGAGGCUCAAUGAAGGCACAAAGACCGAAGCGAGAGGGCUUCAUAAGAUGCUGCAAGGGAGUCUUAUCGCAAAGAAUUUCAAUGAAUUUGUCUUCAAGCAUGGAGUAAGGCUGUGUCAAGCUGCUAAUGCUUCGGGCAAAUCAAAGAUUCUGGAGCCAAUGGCUGACACGCUCAUUGAUGGUAGCUUCACAGCAUGUGUUACAAUGCAAGACUAUGACAUGCUUCGACUUAUCACACAUAUCAUCUUGAUCUAUCAAGAACUUGGAUUUGACUUCGGCGAAGGAGAUAGACGCUUUGCGACUGAGAGCUUUAUCGUAGCUUAUGUGGACUAUCUGAGCAAGGCUGGCAAACUGCAGCUCCUACCAUUGUAUGCAUCACGCCUAUCGCAAGACAGAGCUGUGGUCUGUCUAGGAAGGCAACUUCCUUCAAUUCAAGCUGAUGAAGAUCGCCGUACAAUGAUGGCUUUGAUGAAACAAUAUAAAAUAGACAUACCGAGAGUUCUCUAUGUCUCAACUACUCUGAUGCUUGAGGAUGCACCAGAUCACCCUGUUGACGAAUUCAACACCUUCAAAUAUCCGGCUCUUGAAAUUCUGGAGCCUGCUGGUAAUAGCGAGACCCUGCUCCGUGCUAUCGCUGGCGGCUUCCUUAGCGAUCAAGUCACUGAUGAUCAAAUGGAUCUGAUCCACGGAUUUGAAUGGUACAUGCUGCUUGAGGGACACUGGCAACGAACUAUGGCUAUCGGGCUUAUGAUUUACAAAUACUUUCUUCGUGGUAAAAAUCUUGCGGCGGCCCGGCAACUGUCGCAGGCAGUACCGUUCUCGCAUAUCUCUUUGACAAAAAGCGUUGCUAUGCUUGGUGAAGUAGUUGACAUCUGCCAGAGCCCAAUAUCUGACGAUGAAGAAGAUGGUCCUCUUGAAUCGAGUAGUGGGGCAGGAUCAAGAAAGAAACGAGCUCAACGGAGGGAACCAAGUGAGACCAAGGCUUUGAACAAAAAGGUCGAACGUGAAGUACUUCUAAGAGAGUCCGCUACGUUCAGAGGCAUGGAACAUCUGUUUGUAGCGUUAAAUGCAAUGGAACAAUGGAGGGCGCAUGCGGAUCAAGUCGUCCAGACUUCCCAUCAAACGACGGGACCAGCGUUGAAGCAACUGAUCGGGCCCUUCAAGAUCGCCUUCAAGCAUGUUGAAGACGCCAUGCAGCCAUUGCUGAGGGGUUGGUUGCAAGAACCCAAGACUGAAAAGGAAGCGCAAGAGCUGAAAAACAUCCGCCUCGCUUGUCUACCAGAAACGAUCUUAGCGUACAACAGCAUCCUCAACUUCAGCUCUCAUUUUGCUGGUCGCGAGAUCUUGAAGACUAGCAUGGAUUUGGCGGUCUUGGUUGCAGAAGAGAAUUCGGAUCUGGCAGCAUGCUUCAAGGAAACUGGAAGGAUGCCUGAGCUAGUUGAUUCAUUUGCAGUGGUAGCCAAGAGCAUGAUUGUAGCAGAGUCCAAGAAGCCAGGAGAGAAGCACAGGGAUGGGAAAAGUCUAGGACUGUGGUCUGCAAAGGUUAGGAAGGAUAUCAUGACUGACGUGGUGGCGGAUGGCUCUUCGACAACCGGCGCAACGCACGCUGCUCGCAGGCAACGAGCACCUACUAUCACAAUCAAUACUUCUCCGGGUGAUCAGAAUGAAGAGCGAGAUGAACCUGCUCCACUUCCAAGCGAAUCAAACACACCGACGCUAAAAGCUUCACAUUCCUUCGAUGCUCACCGCCCCGUCUCUCCACACAAUGUAUCCUCCCCAUCUUCCAAGCGGAGCGACCUGCAGCCUCAUCAUUUCCUUUCAGUGCCGAGCACACGUUCUCGCGGGAAUUCUGUUGAUUCAGAAGAAGGUGGUCAAUCGGUUGGUGGCGAAACUCUCGACAGCGCUUUUGCCUCCAUGGCAGGAUCCAGCACGGCACAUAGCAAUAACGAUAAUAUAAUGCAAGAUGAAGAGGCGCUAAAGCCUGAUCCGCGCAACAAAAGUGAUUUUGAAGUGGAAAACAACAAAUUCGCUUUCAGCCCUGGUCAGAUGAACAAACUGUUGAAUCCUAAGAGUCUGGCGGCUUUCCAUGCGCUAGGGGGCCUGAAAGGUCUUGAGAAGGGUCUACGUGCCGACCGAAAUACGGGGCUGUCAUUGGAGGAGAAAGAUUUAGAUGGUACCAUUUCAUUCGAGCAGGCGGUGGCCGCUGCCAAAGAUCAAGAUCCCGAAGAUUUUGAACCGGUAGUCGCAAGGCGUACUACUACACUUGCUUCGAAGAUAUCCGAAGACUCCUUCAUAGAUCGAAAGCGAAUCUUCAAGGAUAAUCGACUUCCUGAGAAGAAAGCCAAAAGUAUAUGGCAGCUUGCCUGGAUUGCAUACAACGACAAAGUCCUAAUCUUGUUGAGCGUUGCGGCGGUCAUCUCCUUAGCACUCGGUAUCUACCAGUCGGUGAACCCUACCGGCAACGAGGCCCGCGUACAAUGGGUAGAAGGCGUGGCGAUCAUGGUGGCCAUUGCGAUAGUCGUGGUUGUUGGGGCUGCGAAUGAUUGGCAGAAAGAGCGUCAAUUUGUGAAGCUCAACAAGAAAAAGGACGACCGCAACAUCAAAGUGGUUCGCUCAGGAAAGUCACGCGAGAUUUCGGUACACGAUGUACUGGUCGGAGACGUUAUACACCUGGAGCCGGGUGAUAUGAUACCCGUCGACGGUAUAUUUAUUUCUGGGCACAACCUCAAGUGUGACGAAUCUUCUGCGACUGGUGAGUCGGAUUUACUCCGCAAACAAGCAGGAGAUGAAGUCUAUACCGCGAUAGAAGCACAUCACAGCGUCUCUAAGAUGGAUCCUUUCAUCAUCUCAGGAGCAAAAGUAUCAGAGGGUAUCGGGACCUUCCUUGUCACUUCUGUCGGAGUCAACUCAAGCUACGGCAAAACUAUGAUGUCUCUACGGGAGGACUCGCAAACGACCCCUCUCCAGUCUAAGCUCAACGUCCUUGCUGAAUACAUCGCCAAAUUAGGUUUGGCUGCGGGUCUCAUUCUUUUUGUAGCCACCUUCAUCAAAUUCGUGGUUGCUAUCACCGGUAAGGAUAAGCAUCUAAGUCCCGAUGCCAAGGGACAGCAGUUCCUCCAGGUCUUCAUCGUUGCUGUGACGGUGAUCGUCGUAGCUGUUCCAGAAGGCUUACCCCUUGCCGUGACACUAGCACUCGCUUUUGCCACAACACGAAUGCUGAAAGAUAACAAUCUUGUUCGUCUGCUCCAGGCAUGCGAGACCAUGGGUAACGCAACAACUGUUUGCUCCGACAAAACGGGCACAUUGACUCAGAACAGAAUGUCCACGGUGGCAGGCAUAUUGGGCGCAGUCCUGCGUUUUGGCGACAAAAGAACAUCAGAUACCUCAGCAUCGACUUCACCAGAUUCUCCUGCGAAAGGAAAGGGAUCGCUCCUCGAAAUGGGCGGCCAGGAUAGGUCAGCCAACGAUUUCGUGUCUGCCCUGGCCAACGACGUUAAGCUGACGCUAAGACAAUCCAUAUCCGUUAAUUCAACCGCCUUUGAGGGCGAGGAUGAGGGAGGACAGACACAAUUCAUCGGUUCCAAAACCGAAACAGCUUUGCUAAAUUUCGCUCGUGACUACCUUGCAAUGACUUCUGUGAGCGAGGACAGAUCCGAGGCAGAUGUGGUUCAGAUGAUUCCAUUCGACUCUGGCAGAAAAUGCAUGGCCGUAGUCAUCCGAAUCAAUGAAAAAUGCUACAGGAUGCUCGUUAAAGGCGCCUCGGAAAUCUUGCUAGCCCGAUGCUCGCGAAUGCUUUCAGAUCCUACCAGAAACCUUUCAGAUGCAAACAUUACUCACGACCAGAUUCAGGCUCUUGAAGACGUAAUUGAACAGUAUGCAUCCAGAUCUCUGCGGACCAUUGGUAUGGUAUACAGAGACUUUGAGCAUUGGCCUCCAAAAGGAGUCCCCACUCAGGAGGAUGACCCUAAGCUGGCUGUAUUUGACAAAGUCUUUAAAGACAUGACCUUCCUUGGUGUUGUUGGUAUUCAGGAUCCACUGCGCGAUGGAGCUGCUGAUGCUGUUCGUGCAUGUCAACAUGCCGGUGUUUUUGUUCGAAUGGUGACUGGUGACAACCUUCUGACCGCAAAGGCCAUUGCUCAGGAGUGUGGAAUACAUACUCCAGGCGGUUUAGUCAUGGAAGGGCCAACCUUCAGGAGGUUUGCUCCCGAUCGAAAGCAAAUGUACCAGAUGGUCCCGAAGCUGCAGGUACUCGCAAGAUCGAGCCCCGAUGACAAAAAAUUGCUUGUGGAGAUUCUAAGAGAGAUGGGAGAGACCGUAGCUGUUACUGGUGAUGGUACGAACGACGCACCAGCCUUGAAAAAGGCGGAUGUUGGGUUUUCCAUGGGUAUCGCAGGGACUGAAGUGGCAAAAGAGGCUUCUGCAAUUAUCCUUAUGGACGACAACUUUGCCUCUAUUGUGAAAGCCAUCAUGUGGGGAAGGGCUGUCAAUGACUCAGUCAAGAAAUUCCUACAGUUUCAAAUUACUGUCAACAUCACUGCAGUUCUCCUGACCUUCAUAUCUGCAGUUGCAAGUGAUUCGGAGAGCUCUGUCUUGACUGCUGUUCAGCUUCUAUGGGUCAAUCUAAUCAUGGAUACCUUCGCAGCACUAGCUCUUGCGACUGACCCUCCCACACCUAGCAUCCUUAAUAGGCCACCAGAGCCGAAGUCUGCCCCUUUAAUUACGCUUAACAUGUGGAAGAUGAUCAUAACGCAGUCCAUCUUUCAGCUCGUUGUCACAUUGAUCCUAAAUUUUGGGGGCAAGACUAUAUUCUCUUAUCAGACCCAAAGAGAGCAAGCUCAGCUGAAAACCGUCAUCUUCAACACCUUCGUCUGGAUGCAAAUCUUCAACCAAUAUAACAAUAGGCGGCUGGAUAACAAGUUGAACAUCUUUGAGGGAAUUACUCACAACUACUUCUUCAUCGGCAUACAAUUCAUCAUCGUAGCAGGCCAGAUAAUGAUAGUAUUUGUGGGUGGUGCGGCUUUCUCGGUUCACCGACUCAACGGGCCCCAAUGGGCUUAUUCGGUGAUCCUCGGCCUUCUCUCUAUUCCUGUGGCUGUCAUGGUACGCCUCAUACCCGAUGAGCUGAUACGGAAGUGCAUUCCAUCUUGGUUCGCCGAGAGGGCAAAACCCAAGUUAAUGAUCACGGACGAAGAACGGCAAUUUGAGUGGAACCCGGGACUAGAAAAGAUCAAAGAAGAGUUGACAUUUUUGAGAAUGCUUCGUGGAGGUCGUCUGACUGUUCUACGUUACAAGCUCUCACACCCUCGCGAUUAUCUCCUACCAUCUUCGCGUACUGGCUCCUCUCACUCACGCUCACGAACAAAUUCUUUACCACAAACCCCUUCUGGGGAGUUAGGCGGCAGCGAGACUGCCAGUCAGAAGGCGCCACCAACUCCCGAAUCACGACGAUCCACAACGACUCGACGUGUAGGACGAUCUCGCUCUACCUCCGCUUUCGGCCCUGCCGCGGCUAUGGCCGGUGUUGUCGCUGGUAGUAUUGCGGGCUGGUCACCAAUUGGACGACGAGAAGAGGACAACUCAGCUAGCUUUACCCAAACAGAUGGGCGGUCUCAGCUGGAAAAUAUGGAGGGCGUAGAGGUCCAUCCCGGCACGAGUCAACAGGACCCGGUAGUCUUGCAGCACCCGGAUCAAGCGAGCGGACCUCCAAGUCAGGUACCGGAAAUAUCGCCUGCUCCCCCUUCUGGGACUUUCCUAAAGCCACCAAAAAGCGACUGA